CGACUGUCAGAUAUCCAGAAGUCUCCCCGCGCUUCUCGGCUCUCAAGCGGGUAGCAAUGUGACUGUGUUUCCGCUACUAGCUUCUCCCGGACCCGUGGCUCCAGGUCAGGAUGGACAUUAUUGGCUUGCAUCAUUGUGUGCGCUCACAUGCUGUACCUCAUGGUGGCAGUGUUGACUUUUUUUGUGACGAAUGUUCCCUUUAUGACAAGUUUUCCUUUUUAAGAAUAAAUAAGACCAAAGGGCCGAGUACUCAUGCAAGGACUGCUUCGACAUUUACCACUAGUGACUGACAGACAUGAAGACAGCCGAACCAAUGAACACGCUGUACGGGGAAUUCACGGCCACAGGUAACCGAAAAGUCAGGUGUGCCGUGAGCCUGACUGACAGGGAGUUCAUCGUCCAGCGGCUCAGCGCAAUACAUGUGGGCCGACAAAGAGUGCUCCUCCUGAAGGACUGCAUCGGCUCGCGGGCUUACCGGGAAGAUGACAACUCGCACCGGACAGCAUACCUGGAGGUCUAUUUCUACCCACUUAAGCGGCGCUGGAUGAGCUCCGGGCUUUCACGGCAGAGAGUGGAGCAUUGUUUCCGGAUCUCCGAGUUCCAGGACCCGCGAGCCAACCUGGAGGAAGCGGAGAAGUGGGCUCGGACGGUGCGGGAACGUUGCAGCCGGCAGCAGAACAUUGGAGACGGGUUGCAAAUGAGCGAGUUGACCCGUCCAUAUCGCAUGAUGCUUCUGGUGAAUCCACAGAGCGGGAAAGGACAGGCACUCGCACUCUACAAUAACCACAUCCAGCGGAUGCUCAAUGAGGCCGGGGUCCCGCACACAAUUCUCAUCACAGAGCAUCAGAACCACGCCCGUGAGCUGGUCAGAGAGGCCGACCUGUCACAGUGGGGUGCUGUCGUCAUCUUGUCAGGAGACGGUCUUCUGUUUGAGGUGAUUAAUGGUCUCCUGGACAGAUCAGACUGGGAGGAGGCGAUCAGGACGCCUCUUGGUAUACUUCCUGGUGGUUCAGGAAAUGCCUUAGCUACAUCUAUACAUCACUACUCGGGUGCCUCGGUGGUGUCCACUGAGGAGCUCCUGAUCAGUUGCGGCUUCCUGCUCUGUAAAGGUUUGGUGUCCCGCAUGGACCUGGUCUCGGUCCACCUCUUCUCCGGCACUCGCCUCUUUUCCUUCCUGUCACUGGCGUGGGGAUUCGUGGCCGACGUGGACAUUGAGAGUGAGAAGUACCGUCACGCUGGAGCGGCUCGCUUCACACUUGGCACACUGGUGAGGCUGGCCUCCCUGCGCAUCUACAAGGGUAAGCUGGCCUACCUGCCUGCCAUGGGGGACUGCAAGCAGGUCAGGUCCAUGCGUAACGGCACUUUGCGCCACUCCACAGACUCCCCCAUACUGAAUUCCCGCCACAAUUCCUGUCACUCCAACAACUCCCUCAAGGCCAUGAGAACUGAGCACACACCAUCUCGAAAUGCCAACAAAGCCCCGAUGGGCUUAUGCGACUCUCUGCUACCCCCACUGGAUGUGCCUCCCCCUAGCAACUGGGUGGUGGUUCCUGAAGAAGACUUUGUCCUGGUGCUGGCUGUGUACCAGUCUCACCUCGCCGAAGACCUGCUGGCAGCGCCAGACGCCACUCUGGACGACGGCGUGAUACAUCUUUUCUAUGUGAAGGCGGGGAUAUCACGCGCGGCGCUGCUUAAGCUCUUCCUGGCUAUGGAGAAGGGCGCGCACGUUGAUUCUGGUUGCACACAUAUGGUGCACACCAAGGUGCAGGCACUCAGGUUGGAGCCGUAUUCUCCUAAAGGGAUUAUCACAGUGGAUGGAGAGGUGGUGGAAUAUGGAGCAGUGCAAGCUGAGGUGCACCGCGGCCUUGCAAGACUUAUCUAUGGAUGAAAACACACACAAGUAAAGAUGUCAUACUUGAAGCUGUUUGGAAGGAAAACCAAAACAAUAUAAGCUGCAACAUAAAGUUCAGAUUUAAAUGAAAAAAGGGGCAUCAUGAAGGCUCCAUUGCACCGCUCUCACAGACUGCAUGCAGCUGUUGGGGCAACUAAUGAAUGAUUGACAUAGAGCCAGCGGCAAGUUCAUUUUAGCUGUGGCAAGUAGGCGGUCAUGAGAGACUAAUUUGUUGUGGGCAUGGGCAGUUAAACCAAUCAGAUCACAGAUCCCACCCACCACCUCUGUGAUGCGUGACUUUUGCCAGAGUCAUUGUAUUUCACAUUGCUCUCAUACUGUUUUUCAAUCAGCCACAGCUUCAAAAUACAUGUAUAUGUACAGUAUAUACUGUAUACUAAAUAGGGUUCAUAAUGUAGAUGAGACUAAAGUGGCAUCCUCCAAUUAAGUGUCCUUAACGUUAAGCUUUAUGAUGAUUCAGCUUUGUGUUGACAUAAAACAACAGACUUAAUGAUUGUAAAAGUGACUGUUAAUUUUAACUUAUGUCUUUUAUUUUUCCCAUUACACACACUCAAAAUAUUUCCCAGUUUCUGAGUAAGUCUUAAAAGUGGGGGGGUGCAGAGCGUGUAUUGACGUGUUAAUGCUGCGUGCAGAUGGUAGCAGCAGCGUGCUCUUAAGAGGUGCACUAAUUCAUCCUCUCCACAAAAGAUGCUUAGGGGGCAUUACCAAACUCUCCUGGGAGGCGGUAAGAGGGGUGUGUUUCAUUUCAAGCCUAACACAUAGUCCUAUACGGUGGAAAUUAUUUCCUAUUUCAGGCUUGCGCGAAACAUUUUUAGUAGGAAAUGUUAAGAAAAUUGAAGCGCUACAACAUCAAAACAGGCUGAUUUUCCAGCAGUAUCAGCACAUUCAAACUCAUGAAUACUACGUAUUUCAUCAGUGUCAAAACAUACUCAAAAUUAAGCUAUUAAAAUAUCAUCCCCCAAACAUUUUGACUUUUUGACAAUCAUACUAGUUAUUGUAGAUUAGACUUAUCACUGAUUUUUUUUGUUCAAGCCUUUGCUAUUUAAACUUUCUAUUCAGUAUGGCCUUAGUUAAUUUUCCAUCCAUCCAUUUUUUCCCUCACUUGUCCGUGCCACAGGGCAGCAGCCUCGUCAGAGUUUUAUUACCUCAGCCAAGGUGAUGUCCGCAUUUUGCGUCCUCAGACUCUGCUUCCUCUACUGAAAGUCUGUCAGUAUGAUUCAGAAGAGUCUCAAAAGUCUUCCUUCCACUGUGCGAUGAUAUCCGCAGUUGAGCUCAGCAGGCCUCUGUCACCACCGGGUACCGCUUCCCCUUUGUGAGGCGUUGAAAUGUCUGCCAUUACCUCUUUGAAGGCAACUGAAAAUCAUGAUUAGUUUAAAAAAACGUUUUAUUUUAGAAUAUGCGAGGCCAAUAAAAGAUGCACUGUGGGGGCUGGACCACACUGGACACCUGUUCAAAUGCCUCCACGAGAUGAGGUUUGACGUUGACUCACUUGAAAAUAUCACUGAAAUUGAUUUUAAUGUUGUGAUUGUCAUUGUCAUACAAAACAGUUUUAAAGCUGCUAUGCUUACUUAUGGUUGAUUUUAGUAUCUGGCAUAAUACAUAGAGAGUCGGGUUAUUUAUAGAGUGGCGUAAACAGGGUGUAAAACAGUUUACAUUAGUGAUGCCAAUAUGGCUUUUCUUCCUAUGCAUGUACAGAUGCAAGCCUGAGUCAUUGUGACGUGCCUUGAUAGUUCUGCCCUCUGGUGGUUGGAAUAGGCUAGUGCGAUGUUAUUACGCUAAAAAAAAAAACAGUCCAGUUAGUCGCUGCAGGCAAGUGUGACCUUUCUGUCUGUUAUAGCUGAAAGUUUUGGGAUGAUUCCCUUUAUUUAUUGAGAUCUAUUUUUUUCACGAGGCAAAUGUCUGUAGUUUGUAUUAUAUUGUUGUGAUUGAAAAAUAAAUUAAUGUAAUGAGCCAGUAA